AUGUCAUUUGGCUGGAGUACAGGGGAUAUCAUAGCUGCAGCAAAGCUAGUAUUAGAUCUCUCGAGAGCCCUAGAUGAUGUGUCUGGCGCUCCGGAGCACUAUCGAAGAUCUGCCGCCACACUGAGGUCCAUUCGUUUCCGUCUUAGUAUCUUAAGCAAGGUAACUGGAGUGGGCCGAAAUGAUGACUCUCAAGCGCGGAUUUAUGAAUUAGCUGUUCUGGGAAAGGAUGAGUACGACGAUAUGAACUUGGUGGUUGUCAACCUUAAGUCGGCAUUUGGGAGGCUGAAGAUACUGGUAGCCAAGGGAUGCGACAUGAAGUUCGAUCUGGGGAGCGGGAAAAGACGUCGCGAAUGGCCUGCUCAUCAAAUCAAUAAAUCACGAUGGUAUAUAGGAAAAGAGGAUGAAGUGAACAGACUCGUCCAGCACAUCUUUGAGCUCACAGCCUCCUUACCAGAUUUCUAUCAAAAGCUCAAUAGUGAAUUACUUAAGCAGCAGAAUACAACUCAAGCGGUAUAUCAUCAAACACAGAUCACAUGGCUUAAAGCGAUAUUUGAAAGACUGGAGGGGUUAGAUAGAGCCGUAUCCCGAGAUCAAUCAUAUCAGGGGCCUGGGGAAGGAAGAUUGCCAUUGUUGCAUGCCGGUCCAGAUCUAGGAGUCCCCCCUAUUCCAAGUAACACAGGGUUCGACACGAAAUCUACCAUAGAUCACCUCGAGAGCGUUGCCCACACAAUUAUGACUACAAAUUUGAGCUCCAGAGUCAAAGAUAUCCAGGUUGAUCAUUACCUAAAACGAAAGCUCGAAGAAUGGUUCAGUGGUCAAACUCACGAUAACAAGAGGACCCCACCCCGGUUAUGGCUUUAUGGCGAUAAAGCCAAUAUCGUCAGCGCCACUAUAUAUACCGCAGCUCUUGAUAGAAGACUCCCAAUCCUUGCUUUCGCAGGCCGCCACGUUGCGGAGGGGAAGUACCUAGCCCCUGAAGACCGGUUUUAUAGGAUGGUGUACUCGCUGCUUUUCCAAUUGCUUCAGCAGUUCGAAGACGUACCAGCUAUUGCCAUAACGGGGAUUGACAGGCCAUUUACGGAGCUUGACCUCACAAUGGAUAGUACGCCACUAGCAUUGAAGUAUAUGGCCUAUUUUCUCAGUCUUAUACCUGAGUGCACAUGCAUAGUCGACGGGUGGAAUUUCAUUUCCGUUGACGCUGAUGCGACAGUAAAAAAUAUUCUAAAGAUGUUUCUCGAUAUGUUUGAGGAGCCGCCUGGUUUGGCCGACGAAAUCGACAGUCGCCCAAGGCUUUUGAUUACAUCCCCUGGGAAUUCGCAAAUGCUCCGGGAUGUGAUGGGCGAAAAACAAGGGUACGUUGACGGGUUUAACCUAAGAAGUCAUGUCGGAGUAAAUGGUUCGAGACUCCAUACGUUACUACUCGGUAUGGAGUGGUGA